CCAUGGAGGCGGCGGUGCUGGCCACGGCUCUGGGACUCCUGCUCCUGGCGGGGGCCGGGGGCUCGGCGGGCGACGAGGCGCGGGAAGCGGCGGCCGUGAGGGCGCUCGUGGCCCGGCUCCUGGGGCCCGGGCCAGCGGCCAACUUCUUGGUGUCGGUGGAGCGCUCCCUGGCGGCCGAGUCCGGCUCGGACACCUACAGCCUGAGCGGCGGUGGCGAGGCGCCCGUGCGGGUGCGCGGCUCCACGGGCGUGGCGGCCGCCGCAGGGCUGCACCGUUACCUGCGCGACUUCUGCGGGUGCCAGGUGGCCUGGUCCAGCUCUCAGCUGCACCUGCCGUGGCCGCUGCCCGAAGUGCCCGAGGAGCUGACCGAGGCCACGCCCAACAGGUACCGCUAUUACCAGAACGUGUGCACCCAAAGCUACUCAUUUGUGUGGUGGGACUGGGCCCGCUGGGAACAAGAGAUCGACUGGAUGGCACUGAAUGGCAUCAACCUGGCACUAGCCUGGAAUGGCCAGGAAGCCAUCUGGCAGCGGGUGUACCUGGCUUUGGGCCUGAACCAAUCAGAGAUCAAUGAGUACUUCACUGGCCCUACCUUCCUGGCCUGGGAGCGCAUGGGCAACCUGCACACCUGGGGCGGCCCCCUGUCCCGCUUCUGGCACCUCAAGCAGCUUCACCUGCAGCAUCAGAUCCUGUACCGGAUGCGCUCUUUCGGCAUGACCCCGGUGUUGCCUGCAUUCGCAGGCCAUGUCCCCAAGGCUAUCACCAGGGUAUUUCCACACGCCAAUGUCACCCAGUUGGGCAGUUGGGGACACUUCAACUGCUCCUAUUCUUGCUCUCUCCUUCUGGCUCCUGAAGACCCCAUAUUCUCCAUCAUUGGAAGCCUCUUUCUACGGGAGCUGACCAAGGAGUUCGGCACGGACCACAUCUAUGGGGCUGACACUUUCAAUGAGAUGCAGCCUCCCUCCUCGGAGCCCUCCUACCUCGCUGCAGCCACUGCUGCUGUCUAUGAGGCCAUGACCAAGGUGGACCCUCAUGCGGUAUGGUUACUCCAAGGUUGGCUCUUCCAGCACCAGCCAGAGUUUUGGGGACCUGCCCAAAUCAGAGCUGUGCUGCAUGCUGUGCCCCAAGGUCGCCUCCUGGUCCUGGACCUGUUUGCAGAAAGCCAGCCCGUGUACCUCCACACAGCCUCCUUCUAUGGCCAGCCCUUCAUCUGGUGCAUGCUGCAUAACUUUGGGGGUAACCAUGGCCUGUUUGGAGCCCUGGAGGCUGUGAACCGAGGCCCCGAGUCUGCUCGCCGCUUCCCCAACUCAACCAUGGUCGGCACUGGCAUAGUCCCUGAGGGCAUUGGCCAGAAUGAAGUGGUUUAUGCCCUCAUGGCUGAACUGGGCUGGCGGAAGGACCCAGUGCCAGAUUUGGAGGCCUGGGUGACCAGCUUUGCUGCCCAGCGGUACGGGGUCUCCCAGCCCAAUGCGGAGGCAGCCUGGAGGCUACUGCUCAGGAGUGUCUACAACUGCUCUGGUGAGGACUGCAGAGGACACAACCGCAGCCCGCUGGUCAGGCGACCAUCCCUCCAGCUAAAUACCAUGGUCUGGUACAACCGAUCGGAUGUGUUUGAAGCCUGGCGGUUACUUCUGAAAGCCGCUCCCAACCUGACCACCAGCCCAGCCUUCCGCUAUGACCUGCUGGACGUCACCCGACAGGCAGUCCAGGAACUGGUCAGCUUGUACUAUGAGGAGGCAAGGACAGCCUACCUGAAGCAUAAGUCCCGUCCUCUAUUCAGGGCUGGAGGUAUCCUGGCCUAUGAGCUUCUGCCUGCCCUGGAUGAGGUGCUGGCUAGUGACAGCCGCUUCUUGCUGGGCAGUUGGCUGGAGCAGGCCCGGACAAUGGCAGGCAGUGAGGCAGAGGCCUAUUUCUAUGAACAGAACAGCCGCUACCAGCUGACCCUAUGGGGGCCAGAGGGCAACAUCCUCGAUUAUGCAAACAAGCAGCUGUCUGGACUUGUGGCUGAUUACUACCAGCCUCGCUGGGGCCUUUUCCUAGAGACCUUGGUGGACAGCCUGGCCCAGGGCAUCCCUUUCCAGCAGCGCAAGUUUGAUGAGAAAGCCUUCCAACUGGAGCAGGCCUUUGUUCUCAGCAAGAGGAGAUAUUCUAGCCAGCCCCAAGGCGACACUAUAGACCUAGUCGGGAAGAUCUUCCUCAAAUAUUCUCCCAGAGGGCUUGCUGGCUUUUUAUGACAGUCUCAUUCUACCCAUACCACUGCAGGGCAGGAUAUGGAAGCCUCGGGCUGGAAAAGGAUCAGAGGAUAUCCCUAGGCCCAGAGGAACAGCCAAAGGCCUGCCUGUGGGGCAGGUAAGCUCCGGGCUUGCAGGGAGAUAAACUGUCCUCCAGGACCACCUGAAAUCUGAUAUUAAAGAACUGUUUUUUAUCAACUUAAUAAAAGGAUGAAGCAUUCCA